AUGUCGUUCACAGCCAGGGCUUCCGUUGAAAGACAAGAAAAACCAGGGCUUCCGUUGAAAGACAAGAAACCAGGGCUUCCGACGAAAGACAAGAAACCAGGGCUUCCGUUGAAAGACAAGAAACCAGGGCUUCCGACGAAAGACAAGAAACCAGGGCUUCCGACUAAAUACAAUAAUCUGGCGGUUCCAAAGAAGAAAAAGAAGAAGAAGCCUGAGAUUCCGAGAAGGAAGAAGAAACCAGAUGAUCCCAGUAAGCCAGUUCCAUUAAACCUGAACAACGAGGUGGUGAGGAUGAGGAAGGAGGUGAAGAGGGUGAGGGCGCUGGUCAUCAGGAAGCUGACCAGGCAGAUAGCAGGUCUGAAGAAGAAGAAGGGGAAGGAGGAGGAGGGUAGGCAACUGCUGGAGGAAAUCCAUGAGAUGAAGACACUCAAACCUGAUCCGGUGACCAAGGCUGCCCUCCAGAAGAACCUGAGUUUUGAGUUUGUCUGUAGGAAUCCGAAGGCCACCAUCUCUGACCGAGCUAUAACCCGUAUCGCCACUCACCCCCAGUUCAGCAAGAAGAUAGACACCAUCAAAGCUGCCAUCAAAGCCUUCAAGGACGAAAGGAUGACAGUAGAGAAAGGAGACAAGGGAACGAGAUGGAUGAGGAGGAAGAUGGAGAGCCAGAGUCUAAUGGUUGAUGAACCAGCUGUUAUAGAAAAGCAACCUGUUGAUAAGACUGUUAGGGUUAAAGAAGAAGAAACGUCGCCAAUAGAGAAUAAAGAGUCCCCCAUAGAGAGUACAGUAUCUGACCCUCCGCCCAAGGAGAUGACAAAGGCUGAUAAGACUCUGAUAGACUCAUCCACUCCCUUCACAAUAGAGGCCCCACAGAUAGUACCUACACAGAACAUAGUAACACAGAACAUAGCAACCAUGAAAAACACACCACAGAAGCAAGUAACCCAGAAACUCACAAAGGACACUCCAGCCACUCAGAAGACUCAUGACCCCAAACCCCAGAGAGACUGUAAACCUCAAAAUAAGGAUGUUAAAUACAAGGAGGGGGACAAAGAAGGAGAAGAGGAGGAUGAUGACGAUGAGGAGGAAGAGGAGAGCGGCUUGGAGUCUUCGGACGACGAGGAGGAGUAUUUUGACGACAGCACGGAGGAGCGUUUCCGUAAACAGUCCUCCCAGUCGGAAGAGAGCGACAAUGACGACUUCUUCCUGGGGAAAGUCACCAAGUUCAAGAAGAAGAAGAGUGACGCGGCUACGGUGCCACCAGGAGGAGGGGAGGGGAAGAGCAGCGCGCUGGUGAAAAACCCACUGCUGGAACCAUUGGCGAGCUUAGAACCACACCAGACGGAACUGGAUAAACUGGAGGCCAGGCUGAACUCCAGGGGGAGGUCUGUCUACUGCUCCACUCUGUCUGGUUCCAGAGGUGGGAGAGACGGAGACAGGGGUGGAGGUAGAGGUGGAGGCAGGGGUAUGGGCCGAGGAGGGGGUAGAGGAAGGGACUUCCAGAACUGGGGCAGAGGGGGACAUGAUGGCCCGUCUCGGGGUCCUGGGACACAUGACGGGGGUUCUUGCAGAGGAAGAGGCCGGGGAAGGGGAGACUUUGGCAGGCAACAGGAACGCAGCGGGAUCUCCACUAACCCUUCAUCUCAGCCACCACAGCAGGCUCUGCACCCGUCAUGGGAGGCCAGUAAGAAGAGGAAGGAGCAGCAGGCUCUGUACCCGUCAUGGGAGGCCAGUAAGAAGAGGAAGGAGCAGCAGGCUCUGCACCCGUCAUGGGAGGCCAGUAAGAAGAGGAAGGAGCAGCAGACUCUGAUACUGGCCUUCCAGGGAAAGAAGAUCAAGUUUGAUGACGAUUGAGCUAGCUACAUUUCAUUACACCCGCCUAAUGCCUAUACAUUGGUAGAGGAAGUACUGGCCAGAGUAGGGGUUGGGGCUAGGGCCUAAUUUAGAAUGAAGCGUGUGGCUGUAUCCCAUUGGUAGAGGAAGUACUGGCCAGAGUAGGGGUUGGGGCUAGGGCCUAAUUUAGAAUGAAGCGUGUGGCUGUAUCCCAUUGGUAGAGGAAGUACUGGCCAGAGUAGGGGUUGGGGCUAGGGCCUAAUUUAGAAUGAAGCGUGUGGCUGUAUCCCAUUGGUAGAGGAAGUACUGGCCAGAGUAGGGGUUGGGGCUAGGGCCUAAUUUAGAAUGAAGCGUGUGGCUGUAUCCCAUUGGUAGAGGAAGUACUGGCCAGAGUAGGGGUUGGGGCUAGGGCCUAAUUUAGAAUGAAGCGUGUGGCUGUAUCCCAUUGGUAGAGGAAGUACUGGCCAGAGUAGGGGUUGGGGCUAGGGCCUAAUUUAGAAUGAAGCGUGUGGCUGUAUCCCAUUGGUAGAGGAAGUACUGGCCAGAGUAGGGGUUGGGGCUAGGGCCUAAUUUAGAAUGAAGCGUGUGGCUGUAUCCCAUUGGUAGAGGAAGUACUGGCCAGAGUAGGGGUUGGGGCUAGGGCCUAAUUUAGAAUGAAGCGUGUGGCUGUAUCCCAUUGGUAGAGGAAGUACUGGCCAGAGUAGGGGUUGGGGCUAGGGCCUAAUUUAGAAUGAAGCGUGUGGCUGUAUCCCAUUGGUAGAGGAAGUACUGGCCAGAGUAGGGGUUGGGGCUAGGGCCUAAUUUAGAAUGAAGCGUGUGGCUGUAUCCCAUUGGUAGAGGAAGUACUGGCCAGAGUAGGGGUUGGGGCUAGGGCCUAAUUUAGAAUGAAGCGUGUGGCUGUAUCCCAUUAGUCUUAAAUAUCUUCCUUUCUUUGUGUCCUUUCUUCCCUUCAUGAAAGGUUAUUGAAGGUGACAGCUAUUUGGGAGUAAACAAUGAUCAAGUCCUCAUCCCUGAUAUCUGUCAGUGGUCAUGAAACAAAGGAUGGACAUUAGGGAGUUAGGUGUUUGCAUUGAAGUUCUCUGAGCAGGCAUUUGUUUCCUAUUCCCAAUGCUAACAAUAGGUCAUUUGUAAAGGGUGUGCUAUAUUUUACAUUCAAAAGGCAAAAAAGGAUUACUGUUAUCAUUCAACAAUGUGAUCCUGUUGUUGUGUUUUUGGAACUUAGUUUUUGUAUUUUGUGUAUUUGUUAAUAUGAGCACAUAAAGUAAUUCAUAUAUGUCUCAAAUUAACAUGGAUAAGUCCGCAGUUGUGAAAUUCAAGGGUGAAAUGUCAAAUUCUUUGUUCCUGUGACUGUUUUAUGUUGGACUACUAGAUUUACUAAAACAAUUUUCAAACAUUGUUAGUGACUGAUCAACUGACGGUGUGAAUUGUACAUGUUGCAUCCAGAAUAAAUGUUUUCUAAUGUAACAUUCAGUAUGGCAUUCAUGCACAUUAAUGACUACAUUGCAUUUUAUGGGAUACAGCCACACGCAUCUGAAAUUAGCCCGCCCAACUACCUCAUCCCUAUAUUGUUAUUUAUUUUGCUCAUCUGUACCCCAG